UCAAUCGAUAUAUAUCAAUAGGAAUAUAGCAUGCGUCUAUAAUCAGUGAUUGAGCUUGAGUCUCAAAUGUCAUAAAAGCUACUGUUUAAGCAUGGAUUGCAUUGUUUUUCAGCUCAAUCUGUUUUGUGCAAGAAAAUAAGGUUCGCUUGUUGCUGUCACCACAGAUGGCAGAUGGAGGUGUCCGACAUUACACGGAGUGGACUCCAAGGCUCAUAAAUCGAUCGAGGUUUGAAUAUGAAGAUGAAUCCAAGCAGACAAGCAGCAUUAUGGAUAUCUUGGGGUAUGGGCCUGACAUCAGAAAGAAACGUAAAGAAAUCUAUAAGGAGUGGGAUGAGCUGCAGGUGUAUCAUGGUGAGAUUAUCUUAAUCACAGCUGGAAGCAAGGCAGAGGGACUGACCUGUGCGGUCGAGAGUGACCGAGAUUCAAUACUUGUAAUGCCAAAUGCUGUGUGUCUGGAAGACGGUGUUGACAAGAGCAUAAUUCCAGGUCACAUGAAUCUUUUCGAGAUGAAUAUACAAAGCUGCAAUGCAGGAUAUUGUAGAUUACUACUUACGAGACUAGGUCCCUCAGGUCAUCCUUCUAUAACCGAUUCUCUUUGUGGUGAUGGGUAUGGCAGACGUCUUAUGAGCAGCAAACGUUUUAUUGACCAUUUUGCAGAUCAUUGGCGUUCGCACAGUGAAGGUGUCAACAAUCUUGCACGUGCUGGUCCAUCUUUGCCACAGUCUUACGGCCCUUUCCAUAUUGAUGUUGUUUCAGCCAUACGCUGUAACUGUCCAGGCAUUUUGCAAAAAUGGGCUUCAAGGACGCGUCACUGGCCAUCACCGAAUAUUGUUGAGAAAGUUAUUGCAAUGGGAGCGUUUGUAACUCCAAUAGGCUUUAAAGGAAGUGCACACAACCAUGUGGAAUGGAGGAUAUGUUUUAAUACUGCUGAGACAGAGCUUUUGAAUAAUCUAAAUGACACACAGGUCAAAAUAUAUAUUAUAUUGAAGAUGAUUGUGAAUGAUGUGUUGAAGCCAAAGUUUAAAGAGAUCACAUCAUAUACAUUGAAGAACAUUGUAUUAUGGUUGGCAGAAAACAACCCACAGGAAUGGUUCCAUUCAGGAAGUUUGUUUCAUUUUCUCUUUGAGGGACUGGAUAGAUUACGAACCGCUUUAUCCGAUAAACAGCUUCCUUACUAUAUGAUACCUGAACGGAAUCUAAUGGCAGAAAGGGAACUUGACGUUGAACAGCAGGGUAUGUGGGUAAGAUCUAUAACAGACAUGAUUAAUGAAGGGCCCAGGAUAAUAAUGAAGUUGGAGAAGAUAGGUCACGCUAUUGAAUGCCACCCUGAACCACUUCUUUGGUACAGCAGGAUGAGGACUGAACUUGAGAUGCUGUACUUGGAGUCCAACAACAGACUUCUCCGAACCUCAGACAAUAAUGGCCAGGUUGAUGAGAAUGAUCCUAUAGUGAAGGCUAUAGAUAAACGUAUUAGUGAGAUCUUUCGAGAGGUCCUGCUGCGUAUGCAGCUGGAAGGCAGUUCAGUAAAUGAUGUGAAUAAGUUAUUUCCGAUGAUGCUAAGCUAAGGACGGUUAUGUUCAGCAUAAAGAACAUUACUUGGUAAACUGACCAUAACUUAUUAUGGAGAAUAAGUUAUUUGCGAUGAUGCUAAGCUAAGGACGGUUAUGUUCAGCAUAAAAAAGUAUAACUUGGUAAACUGACCAGAACUUAUAACGGAGAAUAAGUUAUUUGCGAUGAUGCUAAGCUAAGGACGGUUAUGUUCAGCAUUAAAAACAUUACUUGGUAAACUGACCAUAACUUAUUGCAACCUUACCACCUAUCCUGAUGCCUUACCGGUAGUUUUGUCAUACAACGAAAUUUUGUGUCGAUGUCACUGUAAAAAUAAAAACAUUUGUUCCUGUUGGAAAGUGGUGACUAUAGCGAUUCAAAAAGGUCAUAAACAUGAACAAACAUGUUUUUAACAAACCAGCCUUACCAUGACUUUAAGUUGAAGUGGUUAGUUGUGUAGCUUGCUAUAUGUGCCUUUCUUAGUAGCGGAAAGCUCCAAUUGCCCUGAAUGUCACUUACUCACUUAUGUUCUCGUUUUUAUUUUAAGACUUUGUAUGGAUUUUUUUAAACGAUUUGUCCUCAAAUUCUAAUGUAAAGUUGCUAUAAAUAACAAAGCAUUACCUGCUUUAAUUAAAACAUACCAUUGCUACUGUUGUGAGUGUUCAAAAUCAAACUCAUCGCAGUGUUACCUAACAGUGUUUAACGGUAGACAGGUAUAUUUAAGAGAACUAUGUUUAGAACCAGUCAUAUCUCUGUGAGUAGGUUGGCAUUGACUGAGUGACUAUACACAUAUAAACAUUUAUGAAUUUCUGAAUUGAUAAACGUUUGAGUUAUUUUUCUUCACGGAGGUUGGCAUUGACUAAGUUACUAUGCACAUUUAUACAUUCGCGAAAUUCUGAAUUGUUAAAGAGUUUACUCCUAUGUCUGUUUGGAGGUAGGGAUUGUCUAAUUGACUAUACAAAUAUAUACAUUUAGAAAUUGUGAAUUGUGAGUAGUUUAGUCUUAUCUCUGUGUUGAGGUUGGCAAUGAAAGAGUGACUAAACAUAUGUAUAUAUACUUUUAUGAAAUUCUGAAUUGUUAUACAUUUGAGUCGUAUCUUUAUGCAGAGGUUGGCGUUGACUUAGUUAGUAUACACAUACAUACAUACAUUUAUGAAAUUCUGCGUUGUUACACAUUUUGGUCAUAUCAAUGUUUGGAUAUUGGAAUCGACUGAGUGAUUAUACAAAUAUUUAAAUUUAUGAAAUUCGGCGUUGUUACCCAUUUGAGUAAUAUUUCUUAAAGAGAUUGAUAUGGACCGAGUAAGUUUUUAUGCUUUUAGGAAAAUAUUAAUGGUUUCACAUUUGAUUAAUAUUCUCUUUGUGACAUUGGUAUCGACUGAGUAAAUCAACGCAUAUUUAAAUGCAUGAAGUUAUGAAGUGUUACUCAUUUGAAAGUACAUUUAUGUAGAUAAGUAUAUGAACAUGUAGUAGCUACUUCUGGAAAUUUGAAUGUUUAAUGUUAUAGUGCUGCAAACAUGGGAAUGUAUUCAUACUAACGCUUUUAAGUGUAAACACAAUGUUUUAUUUGUAAUUGUUAAAAAAACAUUAUAGAAUUUGUAAGAUAAAUGUAUGUUUAAUUUAUAAAUCUGUGUAUCUUCCAGAUAUAAGCAUCAUGUUCAUGUAUUUGACUUUCGUGUUAGCAAUAUACAGUUUUUCAUAAUGUUUAUCCAUGCAUCUUUCGUGAAGUGUGAGUGCUAAAGCUCAUUUAUACGCCGCCAUAGUAUGUGUAUUCAUUCCUUUAUGUACAUGUUAUUUCAUAUUAGCAGGAUCGUUAGAAAAUGGGCCCUAUGCUAUGUGUAAUUAGCGUAUCCUCAGACCAGCCUGCGAAAUCGUGCAGUCUGAUCAUGGGCUAUGUGUAAGCCGUCCGCUUUAAAGUCAACAGUGUUUCGUGGUGUUAUUCGCAAACAGGUAAGCUUCUGACAAUACUGUGCGGAUGCGUUGGCCGCAUAUGGGAUGAUACACAUUUUUGCAUGACACAGCUCAUAUAAACUUGGAGACUUUUCUAACGCAACACUUUUACAAUCAUUCAUCCGUGACAAUCGGACGCUUAAGCACGUGGUGUAUGUAUGGUGUCAUCUGUUUACACGUGGAAAUAGUGAAACGCAACACUAUUCUUAAUUUAUUUCUCUUUCAUCAUUUUAGGUGGGUUCUUAAAUCAGGAUAACAAAACACUAGUUUUUAAAAAUGUAUGGCUAAUAUGAAUAUUUUUAAGAGCGCAACCGCGCAUUUUGACACAUUGCAGGUUACCAGCAAGUGUAUUGGAGUCUUUUCUAACGCAACACUUUUCAAACUUUAAUAUCUCUCUGAUAAGUAAAGAUUUUCAUUCAAAAAUGUAGAUAUGAUCACUUGACUACAUUCUGUGCAAACUAAUGAUAAAAUCAUUUAUCCGUGACGAUCGAACGCAUUAUCACGUGGGGUGGGUAGCAUGCAAUUUGCCAAAUUGCGCGGUUGCGCUUCUGAAUAUUCAUGAGCCGUACAUUUUGUUAUACUUUUAUGUUUUCCUGGUUUAAGAACCCUCCUAAAAUGAUGAAAUUGAAAUAAAUAUAUAAUUAUAUUGCGUUUCACCAUUUCCACGUGCAUAAAGACGAAACUAUACAUACCCCACGUGCUACAGCGUCCAAUCGUCAGGGAUGAAUGAUUUCAUCGUGAACCUGCUCAGAAUGUAGUCAAAUGAUCACAUUAAAAAUUUUAUUUCAAAAUCUCAACUCAUAACAGAGAUAUUCAAGUUUGUAAAGUAUUGCGUUAAAGAAGUCUCCAAGUGUAUGUGUUCUUUUUCAAAUAAAACAUAUACAGAAAUGUAUAGUGAUACAUCAUUAAUUUGAUGUUUUGCACGUUUAGCUUACUAUAAAUGGCUUAUUCAUUUAAUGAAAAUUGAUAACCGUUUUGUGUAAAACAGAAAUCAUUAUUAUCUGAGUAAUAUCUUCCACGCAUAUAUAUAUGUGUGUGUGUACAUUGACUGAUGUAUUGUAAGAACAUAUUGAAAUGAUUUGCUUAAUAAAUUUGCUUUGUAUUAGUAGCAUAUAACAAGGCCACGAAUGAGUGUGGUAUUUACAUGUUUUCUUGUUACUUUUACUUUAAUAUGUUUAUUCAACCUGUAUUAGUAUAUAUGUCGGCCAUGUAGCAUUUCCUGUUUAAUAAAGAAAACCCAUUACAAUAAAAUUAA